AAAAAUGGCGGAGACCACACAACCGUUUGCGUUCGUGAAGUUUGUUUCGAGAAAAAUCAGCAAAAUUAGAUGGCAGCCAAGUCAAAAACAGAUGUUAGAAUGUUCAGACACAUUUGUUACCGGUAGCUGGGACGAUAAGGAAAACAAAAUAUCUCUGUGGUACGUGGGACCCCACACACAGAGGUCCAUUGAGGAUGAUGAAGGAGAAGGAAUGGAGCCCACUCUGAAGUGUGAUAUAACUCACAACGGAGAUGUCACAGGGUUAGAGUAUAUUGGAUCAGAUGAGAUUGUGGCUUCUUCAUCCACAGGGACAGUGACUUUAUACAAAUACCACACAGCCUCUCAGGUUAGUCUUAAGUCAGAUAGUAUACAAGUACCACACAGCCUCUCAGGUUAGUCUUAAGUCAGAUAGUACACAAGUACCACACAGCCUCUCAGGUUAGUCUUAAGUCAGAUAGUACACAAGUACCACACAGCCUCUCAGGUUAGUCUUAAGUCAGAUAGUACACAAGUACCACACAGCCUCUCAGGUUAGUCUUAAGUCAGAU